ACAAAUUUGAUCCAGAAGCCAUUCUGCAUUAUUCUCAGUUAGUGGUUUCUUUGCAUCUGGUUAAUUUAAUAAUUCAGAUCAUGAAGAAAUAACCGAUUUUAUUGCAGGACUGUUGCCUUCAUCAGAGAGUAUUCAUUUGUUUUUGUAUGCAUAUAUUUGUAACCGUGUCUUUGCACUACAGAUUUGUCAGUUGUUUUUUUUUAAUGAAAUCAUGCAUUAUUGAAUCAUUUGAAAUGUGAUGGAUUUUUGUGACAGCACGUGUACCAAGGGGCUGUCAGGAAAAUUUAAUUCCACCUCCAAACAUGCUUUAUUUGAUGAAUUAGGGUUCCUAAAUAGCCCCAUGACGUGGACUUCAAUAAAUGGUGUGUGUAGGCUUGGCCCGGGUAAGUGGAUUACACAUUAUCUGCUUCUCCCGCUCUUUGUACCGAGGCCGGCAUUGACCAAAUGAGCUCUGGACUCGGUGCACAGUCAAUUUGGUUUGGCAACCCUAGCUGUUGGCGGCUGCUGCGAGCCUGAGUCACCUGCACAUUUACUUUCUUUUUUGUUGAGGUUAUGCUGUGGCCUUUUGGACUAAAUAUUUGGACACUGAACAUUGACUGACUCUGUCAGGCAAACCCUACAAAUGAGUAACCGCGGUCAGCAGCAAUGAUGAUGUGUUUUGACAUGCUUUUUGCACGGCAGCAACAAUUUCACCGGAAACAGGAUGGUUUGCAGAAUAGUCACUCGUUUAAUUUCACCCAGACGCCAGAAAGGUUUCAAAACACCAAACAGCUGGUCCAGUCUUGUCCUGUACAGUGAUGUAAUUAUUCUAAACAGGAUGUCAUUUAACAAAGAGCCCCCGUUACCCAGCGGCACUGGUCUUUUCAUCGAUGAACACUAUUAAUAAAAUGCCAGAAAGCAACUGGUCUUCACUCCAUCUCUGUCAGGCGCCAACGCCACUACGACAAAAUGGCAUUUCAGUUCAUAAUUGCCUGACCCGUGUGUUCUUUAGGUCGGCUGGGGGAGCCGCACCAAAACGUUAAUGCAAAUAAUGAAAGAGAGAAGUCUCUUUCGGGGAACACUUGGGAUUAUUGUGAGAGUGUAGUGAAUAUAUUUUUGAUGUGGGUGUAAACACUCUAUUUACGACACGUAGAGGUGCAUGUAAUAAGGCCUUUUGAAUUGUUAAAAGGAGAGAUUGUGAUAUGAAGUUUAAAGGCCACACAUUCAUGUGACGUUGUAAUAUUUUGACUUUGACUGCCUCUGACUCCCCCCCCCCCCCCCCCCCUUUUUUUUUUCUUCCAGUGGUGUGCUUGUCAUGAUGGAUAAUACUGUCCCCUCUGUGCCUGCAAGUAUGAAUGAUGGAAAUCUCGAUGAAGAGGAGAGCGGGGCUUGGCAAGAGGAGAGGAGAGGAGAGGGAGGGGGGGGGCAAUUAUCUUAUUGUUUAACCCACUCAAGGUAGAAGCCCAUCAAUCUGAAACCACUUGCUCAAGUGACUCAUGUUCAGCCUUUAUAAAAAAGUUUAAUUGGCUUAUAUAAUUAACACUGAGGGGAAAAGACGUAUGUGUGAUGUAACUUUAGAGGGAGAGAGAGAAAAAAUGAGUGCGUCCAGGGGGCUGAAGUGACGGGGUUAAAGAAAGUCUACUGAUCAUAAAACUGAUUGCUGUUAAGAAUUUUUUAAAAAAUGAAGCACCACAAACUAGACGAUUUUUUUUAUGCAUAUGAAAAAAAAGGAAAAACUUAUUUAGAAAUAUCCCUAAAUGCUGGUGCUUUUCUCUCUCUCUCUCUCUCUCUCUCUCUCUCUCUCUCUCUCCCCCUCUCUCUCCCCCUCCCUCCCUCUCUCCCUCUCUGUCCCCGAGCUGGUGUGUUUUGGCCCGGCAGAGGAAGCGCCACCUGACUCGCUGGGGGGUGAGGGGGCGUGUCGUGACGUGGCUGCAGCGCUCGGAUCUGUGUCACCUCCACCGGUACCUGCUGUCCCACUUCGGCGAUGACAGUACAGUCAAAGAGCGGUACAGUCUAAGCCAUGAUGAGUCAGCUGCGGGCGUUGGCGGGUGCGCUGAGGGGCGGGUGUGCGGGGGGAAGCCAGUGGUUGCUAGGGUGUGGAGGCGGCCCGGCCAGGCGCUGGCUUGAUCCCAGGAGAGGCUGCUCCACCGGGGCCUCGCCAAUCGUCCCGCCGGUGGCCAGCAGCAGCUCCAGCUAUGUGGAGGAGAUGUACUUUGCCUGGCUGGAGGAUCAUAACAACGUCCACGAGUCCUGGGACGCUUUCUUCCGUAACAUCCAGCCCUCCAGCCCGUCUGGCGAGGCGGGUGAGGGACGCCCCUCCGCUCUGCUCCAGGGCCGAGUGCUAUACCACUCACCAGGCAUGGCACAGAAAGUGGUGGAGGACCACCUGGCUGUGCACACUCUCAUUAGAGCCUACCAGAUUCGGGGUCACCACGUUGCCCAGUUAGACCCUCUGGGAAUCCUGGACGCUGACCUGGACUCCUUCGUUCCCUCGGACCUGAUCACCACCAUUGAUAAAUUAGGUUUCUAUGGUCUUGAUGAGUCUGACUUGGACAAGAGCUUCCAGUUGCCCCCUACCACCUUCAUCGGAGGAGGAAACACCACUCUACCUCUGAGAGAAAUCAUACGCAGACUCGAGACAUCCUACUGUGGUCACAUAGGAGUCGAAUUCAUGUUCAUUAACAACGUGGACAAGUGUCAGUGGAUCCGUCAGAAGUUCGAGACUCCCGGGGUCAUGCAGUUCACUAACGCUGAGAAGAGAACUUUGCUCGCCCGCCUGGUCAGAUCCACACGGUUUGAGGACUUCCUGGCGAGGAAGUGGUCAUCAGAGAAACGCUUCGGUCUCGAGGGCUGUGAAGUGCUAAUCCCCGCUCUUAAAACCAUCAUUGACAAAUCAAGUGCUGCGGGCAUCGACAGUGUGAUCAUGGGGAUGCCUCAUCGAGGUCGACUGAAUGUCCUUGCCAACGUGAUCCGCAAGGAGCUGAAUCAGAUCUUCUGCCAGUUCGACCCCAAGUUAGAGGCAGCUGAUGAGGGUUCGGGCGAUGUCAAAUACCACCUUGGGAUGUGCCACGAGAGGAUCAACCGCGAGACGGACAAGAGCAUCACGCUGUCGCUCAUGGCGAACCCCUCCCACCUGGAGGCGGUGGAUCCAGUGGUUCAGGGAAAGGCCAAAGCUGAGCAGUUCUACAGAGGAGACGACCGGGGACAGAAGGUCAUGUGCAUCUCGAUGCAUGGCGACGCUGCUUUUGCCGGACAAGGGGUCGUGUAUGAGACCUUCCACUUAAGUGAGCUCCCCUCGUACACGACGCAUGGCACAAUCCAUGUGGUGGUCAAUAACCAGAUUGGCUUCACCACAGACCCCCGAGUUGCCCGCUCCUCUCCCUACCCCACCGAUGUGGCCCGGGUUGUCAACGCGCCCAUCUUCCAUGUGAAUGCCGAUGACCCCGAGGCUGUCAUGUACGUGUGUCGGGUUGCUGCAGAGUGGAGGACCACCUUCAACAAGGAUGUCGUCAUUGACCUGGUUUGUUACAGACGGUUUGGCCAUAACGAGAUGGACGAGCCCAUGUUCACCCAGCCGCUGAUGUACAAACAGAUCUGUCGGCAGGAGCAUGUGCUGAAGAAGUACUCUGACAAGCUCAUUGCUGAGGGAGUGGUGACACUGCAGGAAUUUGAGGAAGAAGUGGCCAAAUAUGACAAGAUAUGCGAGGAGGCGUACACCAGCUCCAAGGAUGAAAAGAUCUUGCACAUUCGACCCUGGCUCGACUCCCCCUGGCCCGAUUUUUUCACGGCAGAGGGCGAGCCCAAGAGCAUGAGCUCUGUCCCCACUGGACUGGAGGAGGAGGUCCUGCAGCACAUUGGCCAGACCGCCAGCUCAGUGCCACUGGAGGACUUCAAGAUCCACCCCGGUGUGUCUCGCAUCCUGCGCGGUCGAUCAGACCUGGUGAAGAAUCGACAGAUGGACUGGGCUCUGGGAGAGUACAUGGCCUUUGGUUCCCUUCUCAAAGAUGGCAUCCACGUGAGACUCAGCGGGCAGGACGUGGAGCGCGGCACCUUUAGUCACCGUCACCAUGUCCUGCACGACCAAGAGGUGGACAAACGGACCUGUGUUCCCAUGAACCACCUGUGGGCCAACCAGGCUCCUUACACUGUCUGCAACAGCUCCCUGUCAGAGUACGGAGUGCUGGGUUUUGAGCUGGGCUUUGCCAUGGCCAGCCCGAACGCUCUGAUCCUAUGGGAGGCCCAGUUUGGUGACUUUCACAACACAGCCCAAUGUAUCAUUGACCAGUUUAUCAGCCCGGGCCAGGCCAAGUGGGUCCGCAACAACGGUAUUGUCCUGCUCCUGCCACACGGGAUGGAGGGAAUGGGUCCAGAACAUUCAUCGGCUCGACCUGAACGCUUUCUGCAGAUGAGCAAAGACGACUCUGAUCACUUCCCUGAAUUCAAUGGAGAUUUUGAAGUCCAGCAGCUGUUCGACUGCAACUGGAUCGUGGUCAACUGCUCCACGCCCGCUAACUACUGUCACGUGAUCAGACGACAGAUUCAGCUGCCGUUCAGAAAACCGCUGAUUAUUUUUACACCAAAAUCUCUGCUGCGGCACCCGGAUGCAAGAUCCAGUUUCGAUGACCUCGCCGAAGGCACUAGAUUCAAGAGGCUAGUCCCUGACGUGGGCGCUGCGGAUCGCAGCCCGGGUCAGGUGAAGAGGGUGAUCUUCUGCACUGGCAAAGUCUACUACGAGCUGGCCAAAGAGAGGAAACUGCAGAACUUGGAGAAAGACGUCGCCAUCGUCAGACUUGAGCAGAUCUCUCCAUUCCCGUUCGACCUGGUCAGAGCAGAGGUAGAGAGGUAUGCCACCGCUGAGCUGGUCUGGUGCCAGGAGGAGCACAAGAACAUGGGAUACUACGAUUACGUCCGGCCACGUUUCCUCACAGUGGUGGCCAACAAGAAACCCGUUUGGUAUGUGGGACGGGACCCCGCAGCCGCGCCGGCGACAGGGAACAAGUCCACCCACCUGAAUGAGCUGAAGAGGUUCAUGGACACUGCUUUCAACCUGAGCGCCUUCCAGGGGAGGGACUUGUAGUGGAGACCCUGGGAUGACAACCAGGCUGGAGGUGCAAUUUCAUCUCCAACCACCAUAGUUUAGGAAGUCUUCACACGGCACAGUUUUGCAAUUCCUCUUGAUUUUUGUGGUGGAGCACAACCUGGUGUUACAGUAGUAAACAUCGUCUUUAACCCUGAAAACCCUACGUGAAAGAUAAGUCCGUAAGACCAACCGACUACACGGCCAACUGUGUUGUCAGAAGCAUCAUGAAGGACACUUUAAAUGUUAUUUGUUAUUUAAAUGUUAUUAAACUAGGUGGUAGGAAGCAAAAAAUUAUACUUUCUAGUGUCUCCAUGAGAUGUCAUAUUUGAUAAAUUACUUGUCUUUUACUGUAACUUACUGUAAUGCAAGGGAUUCCCUGGCCACGCCCCAUGUCAAAUGAAUACACAGACACACACAAUCACUCUUUUUGCAGUAGCUUUAGUACUGUAGAUAGCGCCAUUGUUGCUAUGCAGAAUACUAGUGUAUAGUUAGAGCAUUGACUGUGGAUCACAUAUCGCAGGUAUGACGACUGCUCUGAAAGUAAACACAUCAGUAGGUUUUAGUGCCUUGCACUCGCCUCGGCCAUCUUCGCAGUUAGUGAGGGAGUGAGUAUUUAUUGUCACACAUCACUUCAUCAGGAGACAUGAGCCAGCUGGCACAGAGACUCGCAGCCAUGUUUUCUACUUAGGACAUACGGCUCGGCGUCCUCCGCGGAGGCUGAGGGAUGCACACAGAAACACAGCAAAGCCUCGGAUGCUUUGAGAGCAAUACUGACACCCGGUUGUCACAUUAAAAUCCCCAGGUAUUCAACAGAACUGAAAUGAUGUGCUGAGAAAAUACUCCUUAAAACUGCGUUUCCUUUUUGACUAUACUGUAGCUCGCCUCUCCCUCUUACAUCUGUAAGAUUCAUGUACAAGGGACACACACAGACAUCAUUUUACAUAUUUAGUGAUUCUUUAGGUUUAUCUAUUAUUAUUAAUGUAUUAAUUGAACCAUGUGGAUAAUGAAAUCGCACAAAACAAUGAAGUUGCUCUUAAACCAGGAAUAAUGACAUGCAAUAAAAUAUGUUGAUAUGCAA